UGGGUGCAUCCUUCAUCAACAUCCAUUCAUCCAUGUACACAGGAGGAGAUCAUCGAGGCUGUUAAAGGCUCCUUUCAUUUCAGGGGAAGUCAGAGCCAAGUGAACUUGACAGAUCUUGAUUACAAUGGCGUGAAGCCUUUGCCAGAACAUUACGAAUACUUCAACCGACACCAACCAGUGAGUGAAAUAGCACGUAUUUACGACAGUCUUAUGACAAUAGCCUUAGCCCUCAACGCCUCGAUAGAUGAUCUCCAGCGCCUUCAGCCUCCUCGAAGACUUGAAGAUUUUAGGUAUUCUGAUGCCGAGAUGGCUCGAGUGAUUCUUAAGAGCGCGGAUAAUAUCAAAUUCAUUGGAUUGCAGGGUCCAGUGCUGAUUGAAAAUGGUCAGCAAAACAGUGACAUUGUCGAAAUAGUGCAGGCACAAGGUGAAGAGUUGACUACGGUAAUGAUAUACAAAACGGAUAGUCAAGCUUUAGAAACGUCUGGAGUCUCUAGGAUUAUUUGGAAAGGCGAUCAUAUUCCAGUGGAUGGUAUUACAACGAGGAAAGUCAUCCUACCGGUGUCCUUAACAACUCAGGCCGUGCUUAUCUCUCUUGCCUUGGUCGGUGUGGUCAUCGCAUUGGCCUUCCUUUUUCUCAACAUCAGAUACAAGCACAGGAGGUGAGCCGAAACUCGGUUAUCAGUGUUAUUCCAAAGGCACUCGCAAAAUGCAGGAAGUAAAAUAUGUGAUUCCGUAGAAAAUA